CAGAGAUCAUAUCACAUGAACAAAUGGAUCAACCAGACUCAAAAGCUAAUAUAGGAAGUUUAUUGUUAGCGGAUUGUCCCACCAUAACCAUAUUUGAUGAGGGGACAAAACCUUCACAUACAGUAAAACCAAAUAUCGUACCAAAGAUUGAAGACAAACCUCCACUAGAAGAUUUUAAAACAGAAGAAACUUCUAACGAUUCAAUUUCAAAAGAAGAAAUUGCAAAUAUGAUAUUAGAGCAAGCACUUUUCAAAGAUAUUGUGAACAAAGAACCAGGUAUUUGGGAAAGUAAUGGUGAUAUCAAGAAGGAAGAAAUAAAGGAUGAAGAGGGUACUGAUGGAACUGAUGAUGACGAGGAUGAUGUGAUAGAAAUCAAGAAGCCGCAUGUCGUCAUUGAAGUGUCUUCUGAUGAAGGAGAUUCAAGUGCUGAUUUCAUAAGCUUAGCACCAUACAAAUUAGAGAAGCCACUUCAAAAGUGUCGUAAAGGAAUUUCAAAUGUAUUUCAACGGAAGCAACAAUCUCGAAGAGGACGGGGUAUAAAGAAGAGGAAAUUGAAUUAUUAGGUACCUAUUUUAUCUGUUUCUCGGUACAUGGGUACCGAGAGACCUAUAAAAGCAAGGAGAAGAUAAGCCCUGGGCUGAAACUUGUGAUAAAAUAUAAUAGGAUAAUGUUCAGAGAUAGAUAGACGCUUGUUUUCACCAACCUAUUUUAAAAAAUCGGCUUUUCGAAAAAGUUAUCGGUAGUAGCACGGAGUCUGGAAUUGUGUCCAGUAUAUGGCAAUAGGCUUACCCCCUAUUACAUGGGACUUAUAACACAAAUGGUGAAUAGUGGGUGUACAACUGUACAUUGUAUAGCGGCAUUACGUGUCAUAAUGUGCACUUCUGCCUACCCCUUCGGGGAUAAAAGGCGUGACGUUGUUCAUUUAAAAAAUUAAGGAACCUCUAAGCUAAAAUAGGUGACACUUUAACGACAUUUUAGUUAUCACCAACCUUUAUAAUAUGACACGUAAAAUAAGGGGAAAUUAUAAGGCUGCAGAAUGUCUUCUUUGUAAGAAGUACCUUCAACGCAGGUAUUAUGUGACUAUCUGUACAAAUUACAUUUUUAUUGUUUUAAAUAAAUAUUUUAAGUAA